UCGGAAUAUGGAGGUAUUUAUGGCCGAACGGGCCAAUCUCUUCUUUCACAAUAAAGUGAUAGAUGGAACUGCCAUUAAACGAAUUAUUAGUCGAUUCAUAGAUCACUUCGGAAUGGCAUAUACAUCACACAUCCUGGAUCAAGUAAAGACUCUGGGUUUCCAUCAAGCCACUGCUACAUCUAUUUCAUUAGGAAUUGAUGAUCUUUUAACAAUACCUUCGAAAGGAUGGCUAGUCCAAGAUGCUGAACAACAAAGUUUGAUUUUGGAAAAACACCAUCAUUAUGGAAAUGUACACGCGAUAGAAAAAUUACGUCAAUCCAUUGAGAUAUGGUAUGCUACAAGUGAAUAUUUGCGACAAGAAAUGAAUCCGAAUUUUAGGAUGACGGAACCCUUUAAUCCAGUCCAUAUAAUGUCCUUUUCGGGAGCUAGGGGAAAUGCAUCUCAAGUACACCAAUUAGUAGGUAUGAGAGGAUUAAUGUCGGAUCCACAAGGACAAAUGAUUGAUUUACCCAUUCAAAGCAAUCUACGGGAAGGAUUGUCUUUAACAGAAUAUAUCAUUUCUUGCUAUGGAGCCCGAAAAGGAGUUGUGGAUACUGCUGUACGAACAUCAGAUGCUGGAUAUCUUACGCGCAGACUUGUUGAAGUAGUUCAACACAUUGUUGUACGUAGAACAGACUGUGGCACCACCCGAGGGAUUUCUGUGAGUUCUCGAAAUGGAAUGAUACCGGAAAGAAUUUUUAUUCAAACAUUAAUAGGUCGUGUAUUAGCAGACAAUAUAUAUAUGGGUCUACGAUGCAUUGCCACUCGAAAUCAAGAUAUUGGGAUUGGACUUGUCAAUCGAUUCAUCACCUUUCGAACACAACCAAUAUCUAUUCGAACUCCUUUUACUUGUAGAAGUACGUCCUGGAUCUGUCGAUUAUGUUAUGGUCGAAGUCCUACUCAUGGCGACCUGGUGGAAUUGGGAGAAGCUGUAGGUAUUAUUGCGGGUCAAUCCAUUGGAGAGCCGGGUACUCAACUAACAUUAAGAACGUUUCAUACCGGCGGAGUAUUCACAGGGGGUACUGCCGAACAUGUACGAGCCCCCUCUAAUGGAAAAAUCAAAUUUAAUAAGGGUUUGGUUCAUCCCACACGUACACGUCAUGGGCAUCCUGCUUUUCUCUGUUCUAUGGACUUAUAUGUAACUAUUGAGAGUCAAGAUAUUAUACACAACGUGACUAUUCCACCAAAAAGUUUUCUUUUAGUUCAAAAUGAUCAAUAUGUAGAAUCAGAACAAGUGAUUGCUGAAAUUCGCUCGGGAACAUACACUUUGAAUUUUACAGAGAGGGUUCGAAAACAUAUUUAUUCCGAUUCAGAAGGAGAAAUGCACUGGAGUACUGAUGUAUACCAUGCAUCUGAAUUUACAUAUAGUAAUGUCCAUCUUUUACCAAAAACAAGCCAUUUAUGGAUAUUGUCAGGGGGUUCGUGCAGAUCCAGUAUAGUCCCGUUUUCACUACACAAGGAUCAAGAUCAAAUAAACGUUCAUUCUCUUUCUGUCGAAAGAGGAUAUAUUUCUAACCCUUCAGUAAAUAAUGAUAAAGUUAAACACAAAUUCUUUAGUUCAUAUCUUUCGAGUAAAAGUAAAAAAAAAAGUAGGAUUCUUGAUUAUUCAGACCUUAAUCGAAUGAUAUGUACUGGUUUCAUAUAUCCUACUAUUCUCCACGAGAAUUCUGAUUUAUUGGCAAAGAGGCGAAAAAAUAGAUUUAUCAUCCCAUUCCAAUCGAUUCAAGAAAAAGAACUAAUGUCCCAUUCCGAUAUCUUGAUUGAAAUACCUAUAAAUGGCAUUUUCCGUAGAAAUAGUAUUUUUGCUUAUUUUGACGAUCCCCAAUACCGAAGAAAGAGUUCAGGAAUUACUAAAUAUGUGGCUAUAGGGGUGCAUUCAAUUGUCAAAAAAGAGGAUUUAGUUGAGUAUCGAGGAGUCAAAGAAUUUCAGCCAAAAUACCAAAUGAAAGUAGAUCGCUUUUUUUUCAUUCCCGAGGAAGUGUAUAUUUUACCCGAAUCUUCUUCCCUAAUGGUACGGAACAAUAGUAUCAUUGGAGUCGAUACACAAAUCACUUUAAAUACAAAAAGUCGAGUAGGGGGGUUGAUCCGAAUAGAGAGAAAAAAAAAAAAAAUGGAACUUAAAAUCUUUUCUGGAGAUAUCCAUUUUCCGAGGGCGACAGAUAAGAUAUCCCGAUACAGUGGUAUCUUGAUACCACCAGGAACAGUAAAAACAAAUUCUAAGGAGUCGAAAAAGGUGAAAAAUUGGAUCUAUGUCCAACGGAUCACACCUACCAAGAAAAAGUCUUUUGUUUUGGUUCGACCAGUACUCAUAUAUGAAAGAGGGGACGGUAUAAAUUUAGAAAGACUUUUUCCGCCGGAUUUAUUGCAGGAAAAAGAGAAUCUGAAACUUCGAAUUGUCAAUUAUAUUCUUUAUGGAAAUGGUAAACCAAUUCAGGGAAUUUCUAACACAAGUAUUCAAUUAGUUCGUACUUGUUUAGUGUUGAAUUGGAACCAAGACAAAAAAAGUUCUUCUAUCGAAGAGGCUCGUGUUUAUUUUGUUGAAGUAAGUAUAAAUGGUCUGAUUCGUGAUUUCCUAAGAAUCCACUUAGGGAAAUCACGCAUUUCCUAUAUCAGCAGAAAAAGGAACGAUCCAUCAGGUUUGGGAUUGAUCUCUGAUAAUGGGCCAGAUCGCACCAAUAUUAAUCCGUUUUAUUCCAUUUAUUCCAAGACAAGGAUUCCACAAUCACUUAAACAAAAUCAAGGAACUAUUAGUAUUAGUACGUUGUUGAAUAGAAAUAUGGAAUGUCAAUCUUUGAUAAUUUUGUCAUCAUCUAAUUGUUUUCGAAUGGAUCCAUCCAACGGUGUAAAAUCUUAUAAUGUAAUAAAAGAAUCAACUAAAAGAGAUCCUAUAAUUCCAAUUAGGAAUUUGUUGGGCCCUUUAGGAACAGCCCUUCAAAUUGCGAAUUUUUAUUCAUUUUACCAUUUACUAACUCAUAAUCAGAUCUCGGUAAUUAAAUAUUUGAAACUUGACAAUUUAAAAUUAAAACAGACUUCAAAAGUACUAAAAUAUUAUUUAAUGGAUGAGAACGGUAGAAUUGUUAAUCACGAUCCGUACAGUAACAACGUUUUGAAUCCAUUCAAAUUGAAUUGGUAUUUUCUCCAUCAUAAUUAUCAUCAUAAUUAUUGUGAAGAAACAUUCACAAUAAUUAACCUGGGACAGUUUAUUUGUGAAAAUGUAUGUAUGACAAAAAACGGACCACGCCUAAAAUCAGGUCAAGUUCUAAUUGUUCACGCCGACUCUGUAAUACUAAGAUUGGCUAAGCCCUAUUUGGCCACUCCAGGAGCAACUGUUCAUGGCCAUUAUGGGGAAAUCCUUUAUGAAGGAGAUACAUUAGUUACAUUUAUAUAUGAAAAAUCGAGAUCUGGUGAUAUAACGCAGGGUCUUCCAAAAGUGGAACAGGUGUUAGAAGUGCGCUCAAUUGAUUCAAUAUCGAUAAACCUAGAAAAGAGAGUGGAGAAUUGGAACGAGUGUAUAACAAGAAUUGUUGGAAUUCCUUGGGGAUUCUUGAUUGGUGCUGAGCUAACUAUAGUGCAAAGUCGUAUUUCCUUGGUUAAUAAGAUCCAAAAGGUUUAUCGAUCCCAGGGGGUACAGAUCCAUAAUAGGCAUAUAGAAAUUAUUGUACGCCAAAUAACAUCAAAAGUCCUGGUUUCAGAAGAUGGAAUGUCUAAUGUUUUUUCACCCGGAGAACUAAUUGGAUUGUUGCGGGCGGAACGAGCGAUGCGCGCUUUGGAAGAAGCGAUCUGUUACCGAACCGUAUUCUUGGGAAUAACGAGAGCAUCUCUGAGUACUCAAAGUUUCAUAUCCGAAGCGAGUUUUCAAGAAACUGCUCGCGUUUUAGCAAAAGCUGCUCUCCGCGGUCGUAUCGAUUGGCUGAAAGGCCUGAAAGAAAACGUCGUUCUAGGUGGUAUGAUACCCGUUGGUACCGGAUUCAAAGGAUUAGCGCACCGCUCAAGCCAACAUAAGAUCAUUCCUUUCAAAACCAAAAAGAAGAAUUUAUUCGAGGGGGAAAUGAGAGAUAUUUUGUUUCACCACAGAGAGUUAUUUGAUUCUUGCAUUUCAAAAAAUUUCUAUAAUAUAUCAGAACAAUCAUUUAUAGGAUUUAACGAUUCCUAAGAGUGGAUUCGUCCUUUUAACUGUCGGUGGUCCCGUGAUUUCUUACAUUUACAUGUGAUUUGUUAAUAUUUGUUAUUUGUUAAUAGUAAUAAAUAAAAGUAAUAAAUAAAGAUAAUAUAUAGUAAGAAAUAAAGAUAAUAUAAAGAUAAUAAGGAAUAGAAAGAAAUUAAUCGCUUGGAUCGUGUAUCAACGUCCAAUUACGGGAAAAGAAAAGGUUCCAUCGGAACAAUUAUUUAUUUCAGGGUAUCUCGUUUCUUUUUUUUUUCAAAGAAAAAAAAAAGAGAGGAAGUGUGGAGAGAAAUGAUAAGAAGAUAUUGGAACAUUAAUUUGAAAGAGAUGUUGGAAACAGGAGUUCAUUUUGGUCAUGCUACUAGAAAAUGGAAUCCGAAAAUGGCACCUUAUAUCUCUGCAAAGCGUAAGGGUAUUCAUAUUACAAAUCUUACUAGAACUGCUCGUUUUUUAUCAGAAGCGUGUGAUUUGGUUUUUGAUGCAGCAAGUAGGAGAAAACAAUUCUUAAUUGUUGGUACCAAAAAUAAAGCAGCUGAUCCAGUAGCGCGGGCUGCAAUAAGAGCUCGGUGUCAUUAUGUUAAUAAAAAAUGGCUAGGCGGCCUUUUAACGAAUUGGUCCACUACAGAAAUGAGACUUCAAAAGUUCAGGGACUUGAGAAUGGAACAAAAGACAGGGGGAAUCCACCGCCUUCCGAAAGGGGAUGCGGCUCGAUUAAAGAGACAGUUAUUUCACUUGCAAACAUAUUUGGGCGGGAUUAAAUAUAUGACAGGGUUACCCGAUAUUGUAAUAAUCGUUGAUCAGCAAGAAGAAUAUAUGGCUCUUCAAGAAUGUAUCACUUUGGGAAUUCCAACAAUUUGUUUAAUUGAUACAAACUGUGACCCGGAUCUCACAGAUAUUUCGAUUCCAGCGAAUGAUGACGCUAUAGCUUCAAUCCGAUUAAUUCUUAACAAAUUAGUAUUUGCGAUUUGUGAAGGGCGUUCUAGCUAUAUACGAAAUCCCUGAUUAAUAAUAAGAUAAAUAAAUUCUUUUUUGAAUUCCAUAGAUUGACGGAAUCCGUUACUAUUUAUGAAUCUCAUAAAAGAGAUAAAAAACUGGGGAUAUUAUGUGAUUAGUUGGUAUCUAAAAUAUACAAUUCAAGUGAGCAAGUCGAAAAAAAGACGGUUGAAUCAAAAUAAUUUCUUGUAAAGUUUUCUUUCUUUCAGAGGACAAUAUGAAUGUUCUAUCAUAUUCCAUUAACACAUUAAAAGGGUUAUAUGAAAUAUCUGGUGUGGAAGUAGGCCAGCAUUUCUAUUGGAAAAUAGGCGGUUUCCAAGUCCAUGCCCAAGUACUUAUUACUUCUUGGGUUGUAAUUGUUAUCUUAUUAGGUUCAGCCAUUGUAACUGUUCGGAAUCCACAAACCAUUCCUACUGACGGUCAGAAUUUCUUCGAAUAUAUCCUUGAAUUUAUUCGAGAUGUGAGCAAAACCCAGAUUGGAGAGGAAUAUGGUCCAUGGGUUCCCUUUAUUGGAACUUUGUUUCUAUUUAUUUUUGUUUCUAAUUGGUCAGGGGCGCUUUUACCUUGGAAAAUCAUAGAGUUACCUCAUGGGGAGUUAGCCGCACCCACGAAUGAUAUAAAUACUACCGUUGCUUUAGCUUUACUUACGUCAAUAGCAUAUUUUUAUGCGGGCCUUAGCAAAAAAGGAUUAGGUUAUUUCGGUAAAUACAUACAACCAACUCCAAUCCUUUUACCCAUUAACAUUUUAGAAGAUUUCACAAAACCUUUAUCACUUAGCUUUCGACUUUUUGGAAAUAUAUUAGCGGAUGAAUUAGUAGUUGUUGUUCUUGUUUCUUUAGUACCUUCAGUGGUUCCUAUACCUGUCAUGUUCCUUGGAUUAUUUACAAGUGGUAUUCAAGCUCUUAUUUUUGCAACUUUAGCUGCGGCUUAUAUAGGUGAAUCCAUGGAGGGACACCAUUGACUAAGUUUCGAAAUAGUCUUUUUUAGCUUAGUGCAAGGUAAUCUAUGCCUUGCUCGAGAUAAUCUUCUUCGUGAACAUAAAUAUACACAUAAAUAGACAAAAAAGUCUAUAAGAUCUAGAAGAAUAGUAAAAAAGAUUACGAUAUUAGGGAAUUGUAAAAAAAAAAUUAGGUUCUAUAGAGCGAUUCCCAUUUCAGUCGGUUUUAUUCAAUUCAAAGAUUGACCAAAAGAAAAUAUUAAUAAAGAAUAAAUUACAUGAACUUAGAUCAACCAAAGACUUAUAUUUCUAUGCAAUGAUUUAGACUAAGAAAUUCGCCCAUUUAGAUUGAUUGUAUCCAUGUGGGAUAAUGCUAAAUUCUAAAUUAAAUAAAAGGAAGAUAGGGGUUUACAAAAAAUGAGAUUCAAGAGAAAAUGGUUUCGUUAGAAGAGUGGGAUCAAACUAGGUAUAUGUAAUAUAUAUAAUCGCUAUAAGCCAACUUUCCUUUAUAGAUGUUUCGAAAAAUGUUUUUAAAAUACGACUGAAUCCAAGAUACAAAUAGUUGGUUUACGUUAUGGAAUAAAGACAUGUAUAUGUAAUAGUAGGCUAGUUAUAUAUGAGCUAAAAGAUAUAUCUAAUCCGCCCUCCUAUUACUGAGAAUUGGGGUAGGGAUUCCAAUAAAAGUCCUUCUGUUUCAUUUGUAACUGUGAAUUCAAUUCAAUAUUGAAUAAAGAAAUUCAAUCAAGAAAAAGAACGAAGAGUUCGAAUUCAAAGAAUGGUUCGGAACAAAGAAAGAAAUGGAAAAACAAAAAGUUGUAUGAAUUCUAUGAAUUCACAAAAACUCUGUGGAUAGGAACUAUAAAAUAGAUAUCGAAGUAGUUCUGAUGAUUCAAUAAUAUUACUACUUCAAUUGGGAGCUCUUAGUUGCGUUACUUUGACUAGAUGAAAAUCUUAUCGAUGGAAUAAUUAAGUCAUAAUUUAUUGGUUGAUUGUAUCAUUAACCAUUUCUUUUUUUUGGUGCGAGGAACUUAUCAUGAAUCCAUUGAUUUCUGCCGCUUCCGUUAUUGCUGCUGGGUUGGCCGUUGGGCUUGCUUCUAUUGGACCUGGGGUUGGUCAAGGUACUGCUGCGGGCCAAGCUGUAGAAGGUAUCGCGAGACAACCCGAGGCAGAGGGGAAAAUACGAGGUACUUUAUUGCUUAGUCUGGCUUUUAUGGAAGCUUUAACAAUUUAUGGACUGGUUGUAGCAUUAGCACUUUUAUUUGCGAAUCCUUUUGUUUAAUCCUAUAUUUGAUUUGUUUAAUCUAAUCCUAUAAAAAAAUACGUAUUUUUUUUUUUAUUGUCUUGUACUUGCUGCUUGCUUUUUCGAAUUCUAUCAAGAUUUUACUCCUACAAUUAUUUAUUUUGUUUUAUUUUUAUUGGGACAAUAACCCAACGGGAAGGAUUGAUUGGGGGAUGAGGAAUUAGUAUACUGAUUCACUUUCUUCCUUCCCCUUUCUUAGUUAGUCCAAUCCAAACUUUUUUAAGGAAGUGUUGUAACAAAAAAAAAGUAGAUAUUUCGCAAUUGACACGAGAUCUGAUACCCAAUUCUAAUAAGUAUUGUUCUUAAUUAGAAAUUUACAAUUGAAAAAAAAAAAAUAUAAAAUAAAAUAAUCUAGAAAAAAAAAAAAAUAAAUAGAUAA